AUGGAAUUGUCUAGUGGAUUAUAUGAUAUUGUUAACUUGGUUACUUUCCCAAAUAAAUCUUUCAUCCGAGUAAGAGUUGGAAUGGUAGAUUUCCAGCCUUCUUCUAAUGAAAAAAUUGUCAUUAAGAAAGAUGCCAUUAUAUGGCCCAACAUCUUCAACCAGAGAUUGCCCUAUUCAAUGUGCACUGACAGGUGUCCCCCUGGAUACCACAGAAAAGUUCGUGAGAGUGAACCAUCUUGCUGCUAUGAUUGUUCUCAGUGCCCAGAUGGGACCAUUUCACACCAGACAGAUGCAUAUCAGUGUGAAACAUGCCAAGAAGUUGAACAUCCAAACAAGAAACGAAACAGAUGUAUCCCUAAGGUUACAACUUUUCUAGCCUAUGAUGAACCUUUAGGGAAAGGGUUGGCUUCUGCUGGACUUACUUUUGCUCUCCUCACAGUCCUGGUGCUUGCAACCUUCAUUAAACACCAGAAGACACCAGUUGUCAAAGCCAACAACCGGAGCCUUACCUACCUUCUGCUAAUCUCCCUUUUGCUUUGUUUCAUUUGCUCCUUGCUGUUCAUUGGACAACCCAGGAUAACAACCUGCCUUUUCCGACAAGCUGCUUUUGGAAACAUCUUUUCUCUUGCACUUUCUUGUGUGUUGGCCAAAACAAUCACUGUGGUUGUAGCAUUUAUGGCCAGAAGUCCUGGAAGCAAAAUGAGAAAAUGGGUGGGCAACAGAUUAUCCAGUUGCAUUAUCCUUUUUUGCUCUCUUAUUCAAGUUGUUAUCUGUGCCAUCUGGCUAUUCACAUCUCCCCCUUUCCCAGAUCUUGAUAUGGUCUCACAGUCUGGGCAGAUUGUGUUGCAAUGUAAUGAAGGCUCAGAUGCCAUGUUUUACAUGGUCCUGGGCUACAUGGGCUUUCAGGCCAGUAUCAGCUUCACAGUGGCCUUCCUAGCCAGAAAGCUGCCUGACAGUUUCAAUGAAGCCAAGUUUAUUACCUUUAGCAUGCUGGUGUUUUGCAGUGUUUGGAUAUCCUUCAUUCCAACCUAUCUGAGCACCAGGGGAAAAUACAUGGUGGCUGUGGAGAUCUUCUCUAUUUUGGUGUCUAGUGCUGGGUUACUUGGUUGCAUUUUUGCCCCCAAGAUGUUUAUUAUUUUUCUAAGGCCAGAAGUAAAUACAAAGGACAACUUCUUUAGGAAGAAUUUUAAAAAAAUAACUCAGGGAAAUUAA